AUGGAAAAUUACCCACCCGAUUACGGAACGUGCCCUGUCUGUUUUAAAAGACGAGAAGCACAAUCUUGGUGCACAAAUUGUGACGUUAGACGAUUUGAAGAAAACUUCAAACAUUGGACCAGCGGGAAUUCUGCAAUUGAUAAUUUUAUCAAAUAUACCCAAAAAAAUGCAAGAAGAGGAAUGGAUUACCUCGAAUGGAUCGAUUUUAAUCAACUCUCUCACGUCUGUAAUACCGGGAAAGCGGGGGCUUUUACGUCGAAUUAUUCGGCAAUAUGGAUAGAGGGUCCAAAAGGUUCUUUAGAUAAAAACGAGACAUGGACCAACAGUGGACCAACCCGUGUAAUCCUUAAACAAUUUCACAAUUAUGUUGAAGCAAACAAUUUAUUUUUUAAUCAAUUAUACAGGUAUCAUAGAUGUUUUCAAGAAGGAACACUUGCGGAUUUCUUCGGUUUUACCAGAGAUGUAAGGACUUCCCGUAUCAUGAUGGUGAUGCGAUAUUAUGAUCAUGAAGAUUUGUAUACAUUUCUUGAUAAUUUUAAUGGUGCCCUCUGUUGGAGAGACAUAAUCGAAAUCCUUUUGAGUGUUUCAGAAGGUCUUUUCAAAAUCCACGAAUUCGGUCUAAUUCACGGAAACAUACAUGGUGGAAAUAUUUUGAUUGAACAAGAUCCCAAUACUAUAGAUGCAAGAAUCGCGGAUACAGGUUUAUCAGGAGAUUCUUUUCAAGAAAGAGUUUUUGGAGUGGUCCCAUUUAUUGCGCCAGAAGUUUUCACUGGAAGUAGGAAAUCACAAGCUUCCGAUAUUUAUAGCUUCGGCAUGGUGAUGAUGAUGAUACCUACCGGUUCACGACCAUAUCAAGACAGAUCACAUGACAGGCAACUCAUUCAAAAUAUUAAGCUAGGAUUGAGGCCUCAAUAUCCAAUCGGAGCUCCGUUAGUUUAUUUACAACUAAUGGAAAAAUGUUUAAGCCAGAACCCAUCCAUUAGGCCAACGGCUCAGGAUGUCUAUCAAACAAUUUACACAUGGAUCGAAGCAACGUGUAUUAACCCUGAAGUAACCCCGUUGUUCGAACAAUUCGAAAGGGCCGAACAAAGUUUACAUUUGUCAGGAAUUGCAAAACCGAUACACCAACAUGCCGUGUAUAUUAGUCGCGAUCUUAACUCCAUUUAA